AUGACGUUGAAGCUGACCAACAUCAUUCUGGGGACGAUAUCUGCAGCUUGUGUUCUCGCACGUAUCCUCUUCAAAGCUACCUUCUCGGCGGGUGAACUGGGAUGGGACGACUACAUGAUUCUCGCCACUCUCGUUUUCGGUGUCCCAUCGACCAUUGUGCAGGAUAUCGGAACCAUCAAGCAUGGGCUCGGAAGAGACGUCUGGACUUUAUCCUUUGGGACGAUCACGGUUUUCGUAAAAUGGUUCUAUAUCAUCGAAGUGUUGUACUUCUUCAACGUGGCCAUGUUGAAGCUGUCACUGCUGUUCUUCUUCCUGCGGAUUUUCCCAGCGAAAUCGAUCCGGCGACUGCUUUGGGGGACAAUUGCAUUCAACAUCUGCUUUGGAAUUGCCUUUAUACUGGCCGCCAUCUUCCAAUGUCAGCCGAUCAGCCAUUAUUGGGAGAAGUGGGACGGCGAACACCUGAACGGAAAGUGCGUCAACGUGAACGCUCUCGGUUGGGCGAACGCUGUCAUUAGUAUUGCUCUCGACAUCUGGAUGCUCGUUUUGCCGUUAUGGCAAGUGUGCCAACUGAAAUUGGCAUGGAAGAAGAAAGUCAGCGUGGCAAUGAUGUUCUUCGUCGGCACAUUUGUCACCGUCAUCUCCAUAAUCCGUCUCCAAACCCUCAUCACCUUCGCCAACUCCACAAACCCCACCUGGGACCAAGCCGACGCCUCAAAUUGGUCCACCAUCGAAAUAAACGUCGGCAUAAUUUGCGCCUGCAUGCCCGCCCUACGUCUCAUCCUCGUACGCAUCUUCCCCCGCGCCCUCGGUUCCACGCAAUACGCUUCGAAUCAAUACUACGCAAAGUAUGGCACGAACCGCUCCGGAGUUCUCAGGAGCGGACACAACGCCAGUGCGAGCGGGACGCGCAUGGGCCACGACGACGAGUUCGCGGGGAAGAAUGCCGCGAAUGCUAUCACGUACACAACGACUUUCGAGGUCCGGCAUGGCGAUGACGAGGAGCAGCUGGUACCCAUGGACGAUCUUAGUCAGAAGGGACAGAGAGUGCGGAGUAGCGGGUCGAGUCAGGCCAGUGUGAGCGCGGCUAGUACGCCUGUGCAAGCUAAUAUGCCGCCGAAAGGCUUUUCAUGA